CAUGGUGGACAUUCGCAUGUUGUUCACUUUGUGAUGCAGAUUAGUCUUUGGGCAGCUUUUGUUCUCGUUCAUAGCUGUUGUUUCUUUAAUCUAACUUGAUGACACAUUAGAAGCCAGCCUCUAUUGUAAUUUGCUGUCAGAGAUCGUUUGGAAUCACUAUUCAAAGAAUGUGGCUGAAAAAGGUCAUCAAACUAUCCUGAGCGUUUGGAAAAUAACGGUUGUUAUGGUACACCGCAGCUGCGUGUGAACUAAACUAUCUGGGAAAAAGCAAGAUCGCUGAAUACCUCGAUGUUGUCGGUAUAAAGAAACGGAAAUAUCACCAUUGCCUGCGACCUGUAAGCUUAUUUCAUUGAACGGUUGCUAAGUGAGGCUCUUGCACAAUCGUGAUCCACCAAAAGUUUCGGAACAACCAAGUGGUUUUCUCGGCGAAAAUAUUGGUUUGAACCAGUUGUACUUUACAAGAAUUAAUGAAUACGUUAAUGCUUUUAUCUAGACCAUUGAGAACUGAUUUGUUAAGUACUCUUGAGUAAAUUGUAUUUACAUACACAAUGAACUCCUCGCGUCAAACAACUCAAUAUUCCGACGUUUAGAUGCAUUUUUAAAGAUUGAUUACUAGUUAUUCUGUUUGUGGUUAUUGGAUUUGUGUUUCCAAACGGUGAAAACCUUUGAAAAAAGCCGACUAACAUUUUUCUACAAUGUCACGAAUGAGGACUGGUUUGAGGCCAACAGUACCCACGAGACAUUCUCCAACUAAAUUUCCCCCUGUUAGCAAUGGUUUGAGGUCAAGCUCUUUACCAGGGAGUGCUAACAGUAGAGAACCAGAGUGGGCCAAUGAUAUGGUGAGAGGGAUUCAAUUAAAAACAGCAUCUAAGACACCUUUGGUGGCAGCCCAUUCUCAUAGAAAAACUCCAGUAGGCCUAGAGGAGGUUAAAGCAACUACCUCAGUAAAACAACAUGGGGAAAUGACAUUUUCCAGUUCACAGCAAAGUAUGCGGGAAAGUGCCAAGGAUAAAGAAAUUGAGAAACUGAAGUUAAAAAUCUUAUCACUUCAAAAGCUCAUCGAGCAGCUGCGUGCUGAAAUAAAGGAGAAAACCCAUAAAAUAACAGAAUUGGAGGAGAAGCUCAAAUCACAGGAAGCUGAGUUUGAAGAAAAGAUCAACAAAGUAAAAGCCAUUAUCAGUGAAAAGGAGAAAGAACUCAAUGAGAAGACAAAAGUUAUAAAAAACAAAGAUUUAGCAAUUAAUGAACUGAAAGACAGCUUUCAGAAAGAAAAGGAAGAGAUUACAAAACAAUACGAACUUGAAUUAAACAAGUUGAAAGAGCAACAUCUUCAGGAGCUCACUGAGCGUGAUGGCAAGAUGAAAAUCUUAAAGACGCACAUGGCUGAUGCUCUUAAGGAUAAUUCCCGGGAGAGGCAAGUACAGCUUGAAGAACUCACAAAGGAGCUUAAAAGAGUUACGGAAGAAACUGAUGUGUUGAAAUCCAAACUGCAGUCAAUGAAAUCAUCAAAUCAGGGCAAGUGUCCAAACUGUUUUGUAAUGGAGAGACAACUCCAAUCAAAAAUUCUUGAACUGAGAGACAAAGAAGUUGUAACCAUUGAGAUGCAGCAGUUGUGUGCAAAAAUGGAACAGCAACUUGUGCAACAGGACCAACUUUUGCGUCAAUGGGCAAAAAAUAAAGGAAAGCCAGUCAGGUGAUAAAUGAGAUAGCAUGCAUCUGAAAUAAAUACAAUUAUUGACUACUUAGAAAAUUUGAUUGCCUAUGAAAAUAUUUAUACCCAUACGGUAGCUUUUUAUUUAAUUAAGCAAUGUAUAAUUUUAGGUGUGUAAUGUAAAAGCUCUUUAUAACUUACACUAGCAUUAAGUCUUUUGAGAUUGUAACCUCUCAAAUACCUAUCAGAGACUUAGCUUGGGAAAUUGGCUAUCACUUGCAAGGCAUAAUGUAGACAUAACUUAAGCCAAUUUCCAACUUAAUUUCAGUCUGUUAAUAACAGGAAGUCUCUAAAACAAAGGGUUAAUCUUUGUCCAGCCUUGUCUUUUUUAUUGUCAUCAAGAUCCCACAAAAACCACUACCUAUAAAAUAUGCAGGAUAACUUAAUCACUUUUUUAAAAGGAUAUUAUAUUUUCUUCAAAGAUAAGCUGUUAAUUUACUUUAUGAUAUUUAUAUUCUGCAAAGAUGAUUCUUGGGUGAAAAAGUGUAAAAUAUGUUUUUUUUAAUUUAUUUCAAUAAUACCAAAAAAGGAAAGACCAAAUAAGGAUAAUAUUUUGAGGAAAAUUUUUUCAAGAUGGUCAUCCCUCACCAUCCUUGAGUUAUGGGGUAGGUUUGUCAUAUGUAUAUAUAAAUAUAUAUAUAUUGGUAAAAAAAUGUUUUGACAGUGUCUGGGACUUGGGAAUCUGUGUGUAUUAAAUUGCAUGAAUCAGUGAUAAAUCUGAAGGAUUAAUGGGACUAGGUUGAGGCCUUGUGCAAGUCAGACAAUAUGUCUGAUACAUUCACUGUUGAUGAAGUUGAUCCUCAUGGCAUAAAAGAGGUCAGCUAUUUUCAUUGCUAUCAGAAACUUCUUAAGUUGAGGUGCACUAAGAGCUUUAGGAGUGGUAUUAAAGGGAUUAUUUAUAAGAUCAGUGUAAAAUAGUCUGCAAGAUUGACAAUAAAACACAGGUUUUUGUC